AUGGUAACUACACCGGAUCUACAUCGGAACUGCACCGGAACUACACAGGAGACACACCGGAACUACACCGGAGAUACACCGGAACUACACCGGAGAUACACCGGAACUACACCGGAGAUACACCAGAACUACACUGGAACUACCCAGGAACUACACCGGAACUACACCGGAGCUACACAGGAACUACAUGAGAACUACACCGGAUCUACACUGGACUACACUGGACUACACCGGAGAUACACCGGAAUUAACAGGAGAUACACCGGAACUACACCGGAACUACACUGGAACUACACAGCAGAUAAACCGGAACAACUCUGGAACUACACCGGAACUACACGAGAACUACAUCGGAACUACACUGGAACUACACCGGAGAUACACCGGAUCUGCACCGGAGAGAUACACAGGAACUACUCUGGAACUACACCGGAACUACACCGGAACUACACCGGAGAUACACCGGAACUACACCGGAGAUACACCGGAUCUACACCAGAGAUACCCCGGAUCUGCACCGGAACUACACCGGAACUCUUCCGGAACUACACCGGAGAUACACGGGAACUACAUAGGAGAAACACCGGAACAACUCCGGAACUACACCGGAACUUCACCGGAGCAUCACAGGAACUACACGAGAACUACACCGGAUCUACACUGGACUACACCGGAGAUACACCGGAUCUAUACCGGAACUACACCGGAACUACACCGGAGAUACACUGGAACUACACCGGAGAUACACCGGAACAACUCCGGAACUACACAGGAACUACACGAGAACUACACCGAAUCUACACUGGAACUACACCGGAGAUACACCGGAUCUACACCGGAGAUACCCCGGAUCUAUACCGGAACUACACUGGAAUUAACAGGAGAUACACCGGAACUACACCGGAACUACAAUGGAACUACACAGCAGAUACACCUGAACAACUCCGGAACUACACCGGAACUACACGAGAACUACACCGGAUCUACACCUGA